GGGUGAUCUACCUGCACGGUACCAUUCCAAAUGUAAACAAAAACCCGCCAUCUUGGAUGAGAAAAGCACCUUAUUUUGGAGAAUACUUUUCAAAGCGUAGAAAGAGGGGAACGUACCGUAGUCCACAUUACAAUGUUACGGCUGACUGUCUUUUUCCUGGUCAUCUUUGGCCUCCUAGCCCAAUUCGCGUUCUGUGGCCGAGUGCGGCGGCGCCUGGACGAGUUCGGGGAAAUGAUAAUGCUUACCACCUCACGCAGCCCAAUGGAUUUUAACGGCUAUGGGAAUUUCUGCGGCUACGGCGGAAGUGGCGACCCCGUGGACCCCAUUGAUCAGUGCUGUAAGGUGCACGAUAAUUGCUACCAGAGGUUGAACCGCAAAGAGUGUGACGCCCUGCUCAAGUACCGCGUCUACACCACAGAGUACAAGUGGUCAUUCAAGGAUGGGACCAUCAUAUGCAACGAGUUGGACUCAUGCGCGCACGAGCUGUGCGAGUGUGACCGCGUGGCCGCCACGUGCUUCGGGGAGCACGAGCAACUGUACGACCCGGAAAAUAAACAUAACGCGCUGCUGUUCGGAAUCAAGCAGGUCAUUUCGAAACUAUAAAGAGGGCAAUAGCGGCCACCUGGGAACAGCUAUUUAUUUUUGUGUUAAAAUUUGAUACUGUUAUAAAUGUAUAAGUUUUCCAAAUUGAGAUUAUAUGACCUCAAAAUUGUACUACCGAUGUUUUUCAUAAAUAUGAACUUUGUACUGUCUGAGAAUCUAUAGACGGUACAAAGUGCAUAUUUAUGGAAAAAACAAACAAUAUUUUUUCACAUUUUUGUUAUCGUUAGUUUUAUUUUGAAACUAAAAGAUUUUAUUUUUAUUUUUGAAAAAAAAUAAUUUUGAGUUUGAAAAUCCAGUGCAAGUAGAAAGAAGAGCCGUGAGAAUUCAGCAUUGGAUAUUUGUACAUCACUUAAAGACAACAAUAAAAAAAUUAAAGAUUUU